CCACGUGACGCGCGUGACGCGACGCGGAACAGCUGAUCACUCGCCUCACCAUGGCCGCGGAUGGCGAGGGCGAGGCCUCCGACUCCUCUCCCGACUCCUCCUCGCUGCCGCCGUCGGCGUCGUCGGCGUCGUCUCCCGGCGCCUCCCGCCUCUCGCUCGCCGCCUUCGCCCUCUGCCCGGACGAGGACCCGGCCGUGAGUCAGCUGAGGCAGAGGUUCAUCGACGACUACGGAUCCAAACCGGCGGAAGGGGGCGGCCCCCGGUACGACCCUCGUGACCUCGAGUUCGUGCGGACCAACGACGCUCUCCUACGCCGAGUGCUGCGCUCGAGGAAUGGCUCGUUGGACGCGGCGGCCCACGCCCUGGACGACGCCUUGGUCUGGCGCCGCGAGUUUGAGAUCAACGACAUCACGGAGCUGAGCUUCGACGCGGCGCUGCUGGAGCACGGCGCCAUCUACCUGCACGGCCUGGACAGGGACUCAAAUAGGAUACUGUGGCUGCACGUGCGCAUGGGCGUGAAGUCGCACCUCGACAAGCGGCGCCUCGUCGCCUUCUGGGUGGAGCGGCACACCCAGCGCGACCCCAACAAGAAGAUCACCGUCAUGUUCGACAUGGCUGAGACGGGGCUUUCGAAUGUGGACUUGGACUUCAUUCGAUUUGUGAUCAACUCCUUCAAGAUCUACUACCCUGGACUGCUGGCCAAAAUCAUCGUGUUUGAGAUGCCCUGGAUCAUGAACGCGGCGUGGAAGAUCAUCAAGGGCUGGCUGGGCCCGGAGGCCAUACAGAUCCUGAAGUUUGUGUCGCGCGGAGACGUACAGCAGCACAUCGGCGCCGACUGCCUGCCCCCGCACAUGGGCGGCCUGGACAAGUUCCGCUACAGCUACCCGCCCCUGCCGGAGGACGACCACUUUGAGUGUCCGGUUCCGUCUCCGGAGGACGAGGAGCCGGGCGACGCCAAGGAGGCGGAGGAGGCGUGGACCAUCGCCCCGCUCACUCAGGCCGCCCCCCUCACUGAGGCCGCCCCCCUCACUCAGGCCGACGCGCCGGCGCACCGCCAGGUGUCGUUUGCGGAUGACGUGGAUGCGAGGUCGCUCUCAGCGGAGCCGAGCGAGGCUCUGGCGGGAGAGGGCCGGGCCAGGAAGCUCAAGCGGCCCGUGUCGAUAUUUCGGGGGCCUCUGCUCAACAUCAGCCCGGCGGAGGAGCUGCAGUUUGGUUCCCGCGAGAGCGGCGGUGACACGAAGUGUCUCAUGGUGCUCACCAACGCCACGCAGGCGCCGGUCGCGUUCAAGGUGAAGACCACGGCACCGGAGAAAUACCGCGUGAGGCCGAGCAACGGCAACCUGGAGCCGGGCGCCUCCUGCGACGUCCAAAUAGCCCUGCUCAGCAGCUACGAGGCGUCGCAGAUGGACAAGUUCCAGGUGAUCGCGGCAGAGGUGAAGGAGGAGGUGGUGGGAGCGGUGCCUUUCGACCUCUCCGCAUUCUGGAAGAACGUGCCAAGGCAGAGCCUCGUGGAGCACAGGCUGCGAUGCCGAGUAGUUGCCGAGGCCCGUAACGGAGGCUUGAGCCGGGGGAGGCACAGGGACAGCCCGGGCGCAGGAGGAGCAGGAGGAGCAGGAGAUGGAGGAGGAGGAGGAUUGGGAGAGGACAGGGAUGAGCUCAUGGCACAGAUGGCCUCUGUGAUGGGGUCGAUGCAGCAGCUGCGGCUGUCAGUUCGGGAGCUGAAUCAGCAGACGCAGCGCGUGUUGUGGCUGCAGAAGCUGCUCGUGCUGCUGCUGCUGCUGUCGCUGCUGCUGCUGCUCUGGCUCGACCGCUCGCCCGGCACGGCGGACUCGGCGACUACGCACGACCUCUGACGGACAUCUGGGCUGGUGGGGGAGGGGAGGGGAAGGGGAGGGCGUGAAGCGAUGGGACGGCGUGUCGGAGGACGGUGAUGGGGGUGCCGCCUGCUCGAGACGGCGGCUGCGGCGUUGGUGGUAGCGGUAGCCGAGAGAGGGGGAGGAGACGGAGCGACGAUGGGAAAGUGGCCGUGGUGACGUAGGUCGCUGUAACAGAGAGACUGGGGAGAGAUCGAUUGUAGUGACGAUGAUAGCAGCAGCAGCAAAGAGACAAGGAGUCAACAGACAGGCGGACAGACCGAUGGUGAAAGUCUGCGUGCGUAAACUCACCGAUCGGUUUCCGCGCACCUCCGAUUAGCAAUGCUACGUUCGUUGCCAAAGAAGUCCAAUGUACGUACACACGUACACACGUACGCACGUAUGCACGUCCUCACCACGUACCAACUUGACGUCACGCGCGGUGAACGAGCGGAAAGACGCGAGUGUAACGAUGAAAACGAUUCGCCCCGUUGAGCUCAGAUUCGGAUGCCUCCUCGUGAAGCCACCGUAUCCGUGGCCUGACGGCUCGGCACCGGAAAAAUCACCCCGGUGGGAAAAGUUCACCAUGAAGGGUGCCGUGUUGGCUCGGCUCGAAUGCGGCAGUGGAAAAAGGCUACGUGGGAGGGGCGUGUAGCACCACGGUGGCGAGGAGAUGUUAACCCCCUCGCCUGGUAUGCAGGAGGUCGUGGGUUCGAGCCCGGCCCCAAUGCCUGCUGCUGUAUAUUUGGAGUUUGUGUGUCUCUCUCUCCCCGUGGUUGCAUGGACUUUUCUCCGGGCCCUUCAGUUUUUUCCCUCCACGUUUAGAAACAACAUCACGCGUUCAGAGUAUUUGGCUGCUGCUAUCAGUUUCAACGCGAUGAUGAUCCACCACUUUGAGCUAUCGAUUGUGAUCGCCAGGUCGCUUCUGAAAGAAGAGCUAUACAGCUCAGAGUGGGCCUCACCUGGUAAAAUAAUAAAAAUUGUUUAGUUCAUAGUUUAGUCGUGUGACCAGGGCUGGUUUGCGCCGGCCUGCGAUGCAGAAAACAACUCGCGUUCCCAGCGCACCACAUCCACAUCACCCCUGACCGUGGCUACUCGGUCGCAUUCCUAUUCCGGUUUACCAGAGACCCGGACAAAUAUAAUCCCUGAUGAAUGAAGCCCUGCUCAUGAGCUCUGUGGGAGCUUGGGGAAUGCGUUCCAGUUGACGUGAUGUAUGUGCCUGUGUGUUGAAAUUCUUUCGCAGCGUACGUAGCCAGCCGUGCUAAUCGGAGGUGCGAGGGAAGGACAACAAACUAAACGCAACAAGCCGUUCUAAAGGAAUGAGCUUUACAUUUAAAAAGUGUCUUGCAGAAAGAGAGAGCAGUCGGAGGCAGCGACAAGUUGAGAUUAAACACAUUUAUUGCCGAUGGGCUGUUAGUUGGGGAUAUUUUUGAUGGACAUUUCCCAUCACAGAGAUUUAUUUUUACCAAAAGUCUGGGCAUACUUGGCCGUGGAGCCAGUGGUGUAAAUUCCACAGUUCCUUGGUAGGGCCCAGGACAUCUGCAUGACAACCACUGGUGACCUGACACAAAGUGGUGCUACCAAUUGUAUUGAUGUCAGAAAGUUGAUGAUUAUGAUGAUCGAUUGACAAUGACUGAUGGUGAUGAAUUGUAAGCCAAGCACUUGACUCCUGAGCAGGAUUUUAACGUUUGUGUCACCUUCCGACUUGGGAGUCAGAUUUUGUCUACUAACGCUCUGGGUACCGAGGGGGAUGACAUUAAACGGUUUCACAGUAAAUCGAUUUAUUUUCGUUGAUUUAUUUCAGAUUUGAAAGCUCGAUUCUAUCGAAUCGAUUGGUCGUUAUUUAGCCGGAUUAAGAGAACUCGCUGAGAUCUGUCGAUGCAAGGGAGCCCUCGCCGGUGAAGUGUAAGCCAGGGAGGGUUUGUUCCUCACGUUUUGUUUCCAACAGUUCAGGGACGGAGUUCUGACUAACCACACAGAGGUACCGUGCUCAGGGUGACGACGCUUUUGAGUUCAGGGCCCCGGUAACUCAUAAUUGGGAGGGCGUCGCAGCGCCCAGCGUGGCGAUUGCGUUCCGCUUGAUCAUUUUGUUUUCAAAGCGGGGGGGGGGGGGGGGUCGACCCCCGCUGUGGCGUCGUCGCGGCCGAGAGUCCGUGAUGUUGACAUUCUCUUGAUUCUGGCUGCCCGAGGCUGCGUGCGUGUAUCGGGCCGCCCGGGAUGGCUACAAGACAGUGGCUUCUUCUUCUUGGUUCUUUCGGUAAAGUCACGUAGAAGGGAAGUAAUAAAAUAAUAAAAA